AGAAAUUAAAAAAAGUUUUACUAAAGCUUAUAGAGAAAAAACAGAUAUAAAAGAACUAAAGCUUAAAGAACAUCAAGGAGGUUUAGACAGUAAUAAAAUGUUAGAAGAAGGAAAAACACCACUUGAAAUAUUUAGAGAAAAUAAAAAUAAAAUUCCAUAUU